UACAAGCUUAAAGGCUCAAAAUUUCAAUACAACAGACAAAACAUAAAUAAAAAUAAAAAAGCUCUGUUUUGAGUGCCUACAACUCUCCAACCAGAAUACUACAAAAUAGUAUGUUUUACUUUUGUAAGUAAGAACAAUAUUCUUCUUUGCAAACUGGAACAGUAAUGCAUGUAGCAUCCGCAGGGAGGCGCAGCUGUGUAAUUAAUCCACGCUCUGUCAACAGUGGUCUGCUGUCUGGUAACUAUAGCAACAAGGCAAAAAGCUAGACCGCUAGUUAGCGUUUAAGCCUCUGCAGCUAUCCUUACCUCAUUUAUCCCCCAGUCAGUUCAUAAAACAUUAAAAUACCAUCGUGAAAAUGCAGUAACGGCGUGAAGAUGAAAAUAUGACUUGUGCCGACCAAUAGUACUCGGUGUGUGAGUGAAGUUUGGGGAUAUUUACGUCGAAUUAGCCAACUUGCUAUCCUGUUCCCAUAUUUACCGCUGUGUUAUUGUGAUCCAUGAUGGGCAAAGAUGUUGAAGAAGUCUCCGCGUCUCUAGUUCGGGAAUAUCUCAGUCGAAAGGGCCUGAAGAAAACCAUAGCUUGUAUGGAUGAAGAGCUUCCACGAACUAAUUCAAGCAUUAAUAACAGAGCAGAUCUGCGCAGAAUUCUUCACCUUGAGGGCCUUUACAAAAAGAAUAAGACCGAAGAACAUCACUUGAAGUCAAUGUUGGAGAUGAUGGUGAAGGACAGAAUGAGUGAAGGUGGUAAAACCAAAGCACGCCGGCAUGGUGACAAUCAAACCACAUCCAGUUCCUCCACGCACACGACUGGGAAUGUUUACAGAGAGGAAUGUUGUUUGGAAGAUCUCUUGUGUGACAGUCCAAGGUUAUCUGAAAGCAGUGUGUCACAAGCUGUUGUGCCUUCCCAAACGCCUUCUGAAAAGCUGCACAAGAGCUUUGCUGUUCUCCCUGAAAACGAGAGAAGUGUAUACAAUUUAUCGUCUAGCCAGGAUAGUCUCUUAACUGUAUCGAAAGAAGGGAUUUCCCUCUGAGAAAAAGGUCGUAGACACUGACAGCCAGAAGAACAGAAGUAGCAGGAUAAGACGAGGCAUUAUGGCAGGUCCCAUUGCCAGCUCCUCGCAGGAAAGUAGCAGGAGGCGUCCAGCUCGAAAAACAAUGUCACCUGUUAUGGCAACACUGGAGGACUGUAAAGAAGCAGCAAACUGGACAAAUGGUGUCAAUACUACCAAUACAAAGUCUAUCCCA